AUGGCGCGCCCGAAAACCACCAAGCCGAAACCAGCGAGCGCCGGCACCCGCAGUUCAACGAGGAAAAGAGCCCGCGAUCAUGAGGAACCCGAGGAGACCCCCAAAGACAGCCCACCAAAACGAAGAAUUGGAAGGAACAACAACCCUUCUUCCGUGAAGGCUGCUGCGAAGAACACCCGAUCAGCCUACGAUGUUCCCUCGGAUGACGAGGAGCUCAAGGCGGGCUCGGCUGUUCAAGAUCAUGAGAGCGGCGAGCCGGUCGAAGAGCCAGCGGAUGAUCCCCCACCAAGAAGAAAGCGCGGCAGGCCAAGUGCCGCAUCGCGACUGAAUGGUGUCGCUAGCGGCCCGAAACCGACUUAUGUUUCUCCUGAUGAGGACUCAGUGGCACUGUCAAGGGAAGAAGGGGACGAUUCAGCACCAACAGCAACUGGCCGCACGAAGCGAGGAUCUCGGACUGCAGCUGUCUCGGCCUCUGACAAGGACACUCGAACCAAUGGCGAGGUAUGCACACCUCGGGGAAGAAAAACAAGAGGCAAAGACACAGUGACGCCGUCAAAGGUAACUGGGGCAGCCAAAGCGGAGACACCACAAUGGCGACGGAAUGACCGUUCUGCGCGGAAGAAGAGCGCCAGGGCUCUCAUAGAACGUGUCAUUACAGGAAACGCUAGUGACGAGGAUGACGAGCUUACACGGAAGAUCUACGAGUCCAGCGAGGACGAAGAUGAGGAAGAGGCAGACCAAGACGAGGCGGUACCCAAUGCUGGAGCGCCUGAAAGUGCUGCAGUGACACCAUCAAAAAGACCUCGUGGAAGGCCCAGAAAAGACGACACAACACGGGCGCGAAAGAAGUCUCCCACGCCGCCCCGAGAUUUGCCUCCACAUGAACUCUACUUCUCUCAAAAUCGGCCAGGUCCUUCAAAGACUUCAAACAACAACCUUGCCUCACUUCAACUCCUUACACAUGAAGACUACUUCUCUAUACUCCAUGAAUACAAGAACCCGCAUAUUGAGGAUGUUGAAUUCCUCCAGUUGUUACACGCUGAGUCGUUUCCACAAUGGGUGUUUGAACUGUCCCAGGAUUUCAGUAUCUGUCUCUAUGGGUACGGGUCAAAACGGCCCUUGUUGCAUAAAUUCGCAAGGCACAUGUACGACAGAGCAUCUGACCACACCACGAACAAGAUUGUGAUUAUCAAUGGAUAUGUACGGAACACUGCGAUUCGAGAGAUCCUGGGAACUGUAGGAAGUGCAGUAGAUCCGUUGUACAAGCCACCCGCUGGGAAUCCCUCUGCUAUGCUGGAAAGUAUCAAAACCUUGCUGUCCUCGCAUGAUGUGCAUAUCACCAUCAUCCUCAACUCUAUCGAUGCCUCACCACUCCGAAAACCAGGAAUGCAAGCCAUUCUUGCUCAGCUUGCAUCACAUCCACGUAUCCAACUGAUUUGCUCAGCGGACACCCCAGACUUCCCGCUGCUCUGGGACAGUAGCCUCCGAUCCGCUUUCAACUUCCUUUUUCACGACUGCACGACAUUUGCUCCGCACACUGCAGAGAUCGAUGUUGUCGAUGAGGUCCACGAGCUCCUGGGCCGCAAAGCUAGGCGUGUAGGUGGAAAGGAAGGGGUUACGUACGUUCUGCGCAGUCUGCCGGAAAAUGCCAAGAAUCUGUUCCGCCUGCUGGUUGGCGAGGUGCUGGCGGCCAUCGACGAAGAAGGGUUUUCCGCAGGAGAGAACCCAGGAGUCGAGUAUCGUAUGUUGUACAACAAGGCGGUGGAGGAGUUUAUCUGCAGUUCUGAAAUGGCGUUUCGGACAUUGUUGAAAGAAUUCCACGACCACCAAAUGAUUACGAGUCGUAAAGAUGUUCUCGGCACCGAGUUGCUCAGUGUACCAUUCCGAAAAGAGGAGCUGGAAGGUAUCCUCGAAGAUCUUAUGUCAUGA